AUGAAGAGAUUCAGGGCGGCUCGAGCGUGCGACUCAUGCCGCCAGCGCAAGACAAGAUGUGACGCUCGUGAUCCCUGUGGGCCCUGUGUGAGCUUGAACCAAACUUGCUUAUACGGAACAGAAGCUACAUCAAGGGGGAAAAGUGAAAUGAUCUUGGAUACGGUCUUGCGAAUGGAAGCUUCCAUUGAAGAACUUAGGGGCAUGGUCGCCAUGGGCUCCGUUUCAAGUGCGAUGCGUGGCAUCCAGCCCCAUCCAACGCCCCCUGCUUCAACAGUUACACCCAUGUCUCAAGAUUCACGCCAUCAUCCCAGCGGAUACACAGUUAGGGACCCCACUGAAAGUGCAGUGCUUUCCUCGGGUCAUCUUUCCUCAGCAGAGUCUCUUUUGAAGUGGCCAGUUUUUCUUGAUCAUCCUGAAAUAUUUGGGGAGGCAGAAUCUUCAUUUCUGUCGCUCGAGUAUGCACGAUCGCCCUAUAAAACCAAACUAUAUGCCAUAUUCCCCAGUGUGGGCUUGUCAGAAGUCAAAAAUAUGGUAGGUGUAUUCCAACGGACAUACAACUUUUGGUUCCCUACAAUCAGCUUGGACCACCUGAAGGGCUUGCAAUUGAGGAUAUGGCAAGAGAAUCUUGAGCCCAGCUGUCAAUCGUGUCUCGCAUUAUUAGUCAUGGCUCUGGGUUGCGUUGGGGCUUCCGUCACGGACGAAGAGGACGGUUGUGAAGAAAAGUCUCAACAACUGAAAAUGCAAGGAGCGUCAUGGUUCACUGCUGCAAUGAAGAUGCUUCACUUGGCCCACAUUGAGAUGAAUGUAGAAGCAUGCCAAUGCCUCUUGCUGACUGGUCUCUAUUUCUCUUUCUUGCAAAGACCGCUGCAAACAUGGUCUUAUGUGAACAGUGCGGCGACCCGUUGUCGUUUCCUGCUCUCUUGUCCCUUUGACAAUCCUGAGCGUGAUGAUCGAGAACACAUCACCAGAAUAUUUUGGUCGUGCUUUGUACUAGAAAGCAAUUAUAUCUCAGAGUUGCCCUCGCUUCCGCAAAACUGCAAUGCUGAAAUCGAAUCAGUAUUUUCCCUCCCGGGCAAAUUCCACUCACAUGAAGAUAUCGAAGAGGAAGAAAAGUCGACCUUAUACUUUCUCGCAUCGAUAGCACUCCGUCGCCUCCUCAAUCGAGCUCACUAUAUGCUCUAUGACCGCGACAUUGGCCUUCAAAUCGAUUCCAAUAAUUUCCCAUCUGUGAACCAAGAGCUGGGUCGCCAACUGCAAGACUGGUAUCAUACACUACCCCCAAGUCUACAAUUUCCCGAAGAUGGAAAACCUGCGGAUGAUCCUCAUAGCGAGUAUCUGAGGCAAUGGUAUCUCAGUUGCCGAAGUGUUAUCUAUCGACCAUAUCUGGAAUGGGCUCUCGCUAAUCCGAUGUGGGAUCUCAACAAUAACCUGCGUGUGUUUGACGGUUGUCGGGCUGCUCUCGACACUUGCCUAUUCAAAAUAAGGCAGAUGAAACAGGUGCCUUAUACUGUCAUGGUAGACACAUGGCCAUGCUCGCUUUCACUCGAAACGGCUAUGUUGACUCUCAUGGGUGGCUUCUGUCAUCCACAGCUCACAAUGCACCUUCGUCAUAUUGCCCUGCUAGAGCUAGGACCUCACUUGCAGCAGCUUUUAGAACGAUGGAUGACGAUUCAUGGAUCCUCCGUCUCUCCUGGCGUCGAGAAGGCAUUGAGAUUGAUCAUGAAAGCUCACGAGUUCUUCGAAAGCAAAAGUGCAGACUUCGCUCCUUCCCAUGGAGAAGAACAACAACAGCAUCUCUCUUCCGAGGCCCAUCGAAUGUGUCUCGAAUAG